AUGGUGCGCCUCGAAAAGAUCGGGUUCUUGAAGUGUCGAGUUUGCAGUGCUGGUUUCUCUUCAGCAAUAAACUACCUCAGCGAGGCAGUCGAUGUUUACAGCGACUGGGUUGACAAGAGUGCCGAGGCCAAUUACGAGCCGGAAGAACCGGCAGCCAAGAAGAGCAAGGUUGCUGAAUGA